AACGACCCUAACCCCUUAGAUUUUCGUUUUGUAAAUGUUUUGCAAUAAGCAGCGAUUUGUUAAUAACAAUAAGUAGAAGUUAACUGAAAAUGGUUGUAAAAAGCAAACGUAAAGCAGAUGAAUCUGCUUUAGUUCCUGUAGUGAAGAAAACCAGAAAUGAAGUUGCUACAACUAGUAACAAAAACAAAGCUGUUGUAGAAGUUACAACAACAAGAACUUCGAAUCUUUUUUCGCCAAUUAUGCUCUUAGAAGGACAUGAAGGGGAAAUAUUUACUGUAGAAUUUCAUCCUGAAGGACAAUACUUAGCUUCCUCCGGUUUUGAUAGAAAAAUUUUUUUGUGGAAUGUGUAUGGAGAAUGUGAGAAUAUUUCAGUCUUAACUGGACAUACAGGAGCAGUAAUGGAACUUCAUUUUACUCCCGAUGGCUCACACAUUUUUACUGCAAGUACUGAUUACACCUUGGGGUUGUGGGAUAUUUGUAGUGGUCAAAGGAUUAAGAAAUAUAAAGGUCAUACUACUUUUGUAAAUACAGUUCAAGGUGUGCGAAGGGGUCCACAGACAUUAGUUUCUGGAAGUGAUGAUGCCACAAUUAAGUUGUGGGAUACUCGAAAAAAGAAUUUUGUCAAUUCCCUAAAUGCGUCUCAACCUGUAACUGCUGUUACAUUUAAUGAUACAGCUGAACAAAUAUUCAGUGGCAGUAUAGAUAACGAAGUAAAAGUGUGGGAUGUAAGAAAAAAUGAAAUUUUAUACACAAUGAGGGGUCAUACUGAUACUAUCACUGGUGUAUCUCUUAGCCCAGAUGGUUCAUACUUACUUACAAAUUCAAUGGAUAAUAGUUUAAGGAUUUGGGAUAUUCGUCCAUAUGCUCCACAGGACAGGUGUAUUAAAGUGCUUACAGGUAAUCAACACAAUUUUGAAAAGAAUCUACUAAGAUGUGCUUGGUCAUUUGAUGGAAGUAAAGUAAGUGCAGGAUCUGCUGAUAGAUUUGUUUAUAUUUGGGAUACAAAUAGUAGAAGAAUAUUGUACAAGUUGCCAGGCCAUAAUGGCAGUGUUAAUGACGUAGAUUUUCAUCCAAAUGAACCCGUUAUUGUGUCUGGUUCGAGUGACAAACAAAUCUAUUUAGGUGAAAUUGAAAAUUAAUGUAUAGAAUAAAGA